AUGCCCCGAGGGCAUGGGGCAAGGCUGUCCCGCCCCUCCAGAACCAGCAUAAAAGCAAGCCCAGAGCCUCUCUCCCUCACACACUCCUCCUCAAGCCUUCUCCUCCUGCUCCUGCCUAUAACCAGCCCGGCCUCACCCUCCUCUCUUCCAGGCACCCUCCACACCACACCCAUGGCCUGCUACAACCGCUGCAGUCCCUGCAGACCCACCCCGCUGGCCAACAGCUGCAACGAGCCCUGUGCCCUGCAAUGCCAGGAUUCCCGCGUCAUCAUCAACCCUUCCCCUGUGAUGGUCACCCUGCCAGGACCCAUCAUGACCUCCUUCCCCCAGAACACCGCCGUCGGAUCCACCUCCUCGGCUGCCGUGGGCACUGAGCUCAAUGUGCAGGGACAGCCCAUCUCUGGGGGAUUUGGCUUUGGCCUUGGCUACGGCCUGGGAGGCCUGGGCUGCUAUGGCAGAAGGGGCUAUGGCUACAUCUGCUAA